ACAUACAGGGUAACAAGGUCAUCUCUAUUCCUUGUAAGGAAUUAGAAUUAAAGUUGGGUUUAUCAUUUCUGAAGUGGACUGUGCAAUGAACAUGAGAUUAAUAUCGGCCCAAGAUAUAUGUAGCCGCAAUAUCUAUCGACUUUUGAGGAGGAAUUCAGCAUCGCAAGCAAUAAAGCCGUUCUUUUAUCAAGAUAUAUUGCAGUUGGAGAAACCACCAUAUGCAGACACACCUUUUCGAAAGCUAACGGGUUCGUAGGAGUAUUUUUAAAUACUCAGCGUAUUUAUAGGAGAUUUGGUUUCUUUUAAGGAGUUUGACAAUAUACGGCUUCUGAAAGUCGAUUCUUUGGCACUAACGUUGUUGUCCGAGCAAGCCAUGAUAGACGUUGCUCAUCUGCUAAGACCUGCUCACCUGCAGUCUCUUUCAAAUAUCCUCAAGGAUCCUGAGGCAUCUAGCAACGAUAAGUUUGUCGCACUUGAACUCCUGAAGAAUGCCAAUGUCGCAUGCGGUAUGAUCCUACCUGGUUGUCAGGAUACUGGCACGGCUAUAUGUAUGGGCAAAAAGGGUCAGUUCGUCUGGACAGAUGGGAAUGAUGCAGAAUCUAUUUCACGUGGUGUAUAUAAUACAUACACAUCUAAGUUCCUUCGUUACUCUCAAGUAUGUUGCUCCGCUAGAUCUGUUUACGGAAAAAAACACUUGCACUAAUCUACCAGCACAAAUUGAAAUAUAUUCAACGAGCGGCAGCGAAUACAAUUUUUUAUUUGUUGCGAAGGGUGGAGGGUCUGCCAAUAAAACUUUCUUGUAUCAACAGACAAAGGCUCUUCUCAAUCCUAAUAGUUUGUACUCAUUUGUCAAUGAGAAAAUUAAAACGUUGGGAACUGCCGCUUGUCCUCCGUAUCAUUUGGCGAUUGUUAUUGGUGGGACCUCAGCUGAAUUUACUCUAAAAACUGUGAAGCUUGCAUCAUGCAAGUACUUGGACCAUCUUCCGUCAACAGGUAAUGAACAUGGAAGAGCUUUUCGUGAUCGAGAGGCUGAAGAAAAAAUAUUGGAAUUAACUCGGAAAGUUGGGAUAGGAGCACAGUUUGGGGGAAAAUACUUCUGUCAUGAUGUACGGGUAAUCCGCUUGCCCAGACAUGGAGCAUCAUGUCCCGUUGGUAUUGGCGUCUCUUGUUCUGCAGACAGGCAGAUUCUGGGAAGAAUAACUAAUGACGGAGUUUUUCUUGAGCAGCUAGAAAGUGACCCAUCUAAAUAUUUACCUGAUCCAUCUUUUAAUCAACUUCCAACUGAUGUUGUGAAAGUGAAUCUGAAUCUUCCAAUGAAAGAAAUUUUAGCUGAACUUUCUAAGUACCCAAUCAAAACUCGUUUAUCACUAACUGGGACUUUAGUUGUCGCUCGUGAUAUCGCCCAUGCAAAGAUCAAGGAACGUCUUGAUUCUGGCCAACCAAUGCCUGACUAUUUACGUAAUCACCCAGUGUAUUACGCUGGUCCAGCUAAAACACCUAUGAAUUAUCCUAGUGGGUCUUUUGGACCAACCACAGCUGGUCGCAUGGAUUCUUAUGUUGAUCAGUUUCAGCAGGCCGGAGGAAGUAUGAUUAUGUUGGCCAAAGGUAACAGAUCAAAAGCUGUGGCAAAUGCAUGUAAAAAACAUGGAGGCUUUUAUCUAGGUUCAAUUGGUGGUCCAGCUGCAAUUCUUGCUCAGAAUUGUAUAAAAAAAGUUGAAGUUCUUGAAUAUCCUGAACUAGGAAUGGAGGCCAUUUGGCGUGUUGAAGUUGUGGAUUUUCCUGCUUUCAUAGUUAUCGAUGAUAAAGGCAAUGAUUUCUUUAAAGAAUGGCAAGUAGAAUGAAAAAGAAACUAAUUGGCGAAAUACUUUUAAAAAAUAUCUGAAAGUUUUUCUUUCUAAUUUCAUUUAUUGGUUUAUCAAUUUAUCUGGUCGUAUCUAUUUUCAUUGUUUAAUUUUUUUGUUGGAACUUGUUCUUUAAUUGUGAAUACAAGUCAUUAACAAUAUAUAGCUACUCAGGUGUGUUAUCUUAGUGUCAGAUGUUAAGCAAUUAAUUGAUUUGAUGACUGCAAUCUUCUGUGCUAUUUUUUUAAAACUUCACUUAUUUCAUUAAAAUAAAAUCAUCUUAACUGAGUC